AUGGGCUAGAAAAGGAUAAAUUGAUGCUGUGUGUGGAAAUCUGGAAAUCCAUAUUCCGAGCUGACGUCAUUCAUUAGACGAUGGGGUUGCGCCGACGCUGGGCGUCGCGACGCAGUUUUCAGGAGCGAAGUCAUAUAAGAACGAUUCGUGUUACAGUUUCAGAAUUAACAAUAGGUGCAAAAAUUUUGAAAAUGUAUACUUAAUUUUGUUGAAACUUAUACAUAAAAACAAUAAUUAAUUGAGUACCUUCCUCAGUUUGGCGUCGACUCCCUGUUUGAUACAGUCCUCACCUUUUAAGCUGAGAAUUUUUCCAAUAAAACAGCUGUUUCUUGGGUCCUCUGCCAUUCUUACUCAUUGGAAAGAAAUCAGUGCAAUAUGUUUAGGGAAAAGUGUCUAAUGCCAUUAUGUUUAAUAUUUUGUUUAUUUAUUGGAGUGUCCAGAAGUUUCGAAUUCAAACAUCAUGACAAUCAGGAGCUGUUCCAUGUUUUAAGGGAUGUCAACACAAAAUGCAAGAAUAUCACAAGAGUUUAUGCCCUGAACGAACCCUCAGUACUUGGAGUUCCAUUGUACUUGAUCGAAUUCACCACAAAACCUGGCCGCCAUGAAGUGUUAAAACCAGAAUUCAAAUACAUUGCAAACAUGCAUGGAAACGAAGUGCUUGGUAGAGAACUGCUUCUGAAAUUGGCAGAUUACUUAUGCGAAGAAUACCUCAAUGGGAAUCCCCAAAUCAGAGCUCUGAUAGAAACUACUAGGAUUCAUUUCAUGCCCAGCAUGAAUCCUGAUGGUUGGCAAUUGGCUACUGAUACGGGCGGUCAAGACUUUCUUAUUGGAAGAACCAACAACAACUCAGUAGAUCUAAACAGAAACUUCCCAGAUCUGGACAGGAUCGUUUUUGAUAACGAAGAGCAAAACGUUGAUAGAAACAACCACUUACUCGACGAGGUCACUAGACUUAUUGAUCCGCUGCAACCGGAAACCCGAUCUGUAAUUCGCCUGAUAAUGCAAAUUCCAUUCGUCCUAAGCGCCAAUCUUCACGGUGGAGAUUUAGUGGCAAACUACCCGUAUGAUGAAAGCAGAUCAGGAAGUCAAAAAGACGAGUAUACAGCUACACCUGAUGAUAAUACAUUCAGACAACUUGCUUUGGCAUAUUCCACAAGCCAUGUGGAUAUGGCAAGUCCUAAAAGAAGAGGAUGCGGCGACGGAGAUAGUGCAAAAUUCGCUAAACAAGGCGGUAUAACUAAUGGAGCUAAAUGGUAUAGUUUGCAAGGUGGUAUGCAGGAUUUUAACUAUCUAUCCAGUAACGAUUUUGAGCUAACUUUGGAGUUGGGUUGCGACAAAUAUCCUCCAGCGAGUAUUUUGGAAACAGAAUGGCAGAGAAACAAGAAUGCUUUGAUCAACUACAUUUGGCAGAGUCACAUUGGAAUAAAAGGGAUAAUUUACGACGUUGAUACGCAUCAACCGAUAAGCAAUGCUGUUAUUCAUGUUACAAAUGUAACUAAUGGCCAAUCGAAUGAAGUCAGGCAUGAUAUUACUUCAGUCUAUGGUGGUGAUUACUACAGACUUCUUACCCCGGGCACUUAUAAAGUAACCGCAUACAAAAUGGGAUACCUUCCUCACAGUAAACUGGUGACAGUGGUCAAUAAUCCUUAUACGCAAGCUCAAAGAGUGGAUUUUCCUAUUAAAGCCGUUUCGGACUCUGCCUUUAUCGAUCCUGACAAUUACAUCAGCCCGAAGAUCGAUGAUCAAUACGCCAGAAGGAACCAAGACUGGGCAGCAUGGGUUGAAGAAACAGAACCGAUUUUAGAACCAAUAGCUAUUGCUUAAAACAGCUGGAAGUAGCUCAAAUUUCCAGAAAUAUUAACCAGAAGUAAACAAACUAUUUCAAAUUAGAUUUUCCUCUAAUGAAUUUAUUUUAUUUAUGAAAAUAGUUACUAUUACAGGGAGACAAAACUACUUGAUUACUUUAUUCAUUAUCUUACCUAUGAUUGAUACAAAGAUAUUUGAUACUAAAUCCCACUAGACAGAAAAAACAGGAAGCAUUUUAAUUCCUUCAAAUUAUAGGUUUGUAGGUAUAGCAACUUUGACUGAAAUUAAUGUAAUUCUUGAAAACUAAUUGAGUGUAUAUUUAGUCAAAAUAGAUUAUGCAUUUGUCUCGCAGUUUCUGUAGUAUAUUUAUUGAUACACUAAAAUCAAGUAUUAUCAUCUAAUGUUAUGUGCAAAAUAGCUUUUGAAUAUAUUUCGAAAAAUCUUUUGGAAGAGAGUAUUCACCAGAGUAAGGUUUAAAAAAAAAAACGCACAAAAAAGGGUCCUUCCUAAUGUUAUCAGUAAAAAUAUAUGAAAAAAUAAAUUUUGUUGAUGUAGUUGUUAGUAAAAUUUUAUUUUUAUUUGAUUAUUACUUGAAGAAAAAGACAAUGUUGUAAUCAUAUCUGAAUAAACACAAUAAACAUUGUAUUGUAUUUCAUUAGAGUAAAAUGCAACCUAUAGGUACAUUUAGAGGGUAAUGUACAGUCUGACACACGAAUGAACCUUGGCAACAUGUGAAGUAGUAGAGGGAAAAACAUGUAUCAAUCUCCUAGUCUCACUAGGCGUGCCCACAUUCUUUCCACACAGGUUCGUUCAGUUGUCGCACUGUAUGUAUAUAUAUUUGAAGGGAAAUUUUAUUUUCAAUAUGUAAACAGACAAAGUUUAUAGAAAAAGCAAAAUUAGAUAAAAGAUCUGGAUUCAUGGGGUAAGUAUCUGAAAAUUUAAAAUUAAAUGCUUCAAUGUCAGUCAUGUUUCCUCUUUUCCGAAUAGUAUUUAGAGGAUGAGCUUUUGCUGCUGCUUUUGCUUUUUUUAUCAUCA